AUGCCGCCUGGAAAAAAGGGUCGCAAGCCCACUGUUAACCUGUUGUCCCCACGACAAGUUACUUAUCUGACGAAUGUCUUCGCCAUUUGCCGCCGAGAUAUAGCCUGUCCCAACUGCCACCAAACUGCCACCUUUCAUAAAGCAGGCUCAGUUACGGGUCACCCAACUCAGCCCAAUUACAUCUGUAAGACUUGUGGUAAGAACGUUAACGCCGCUGUCAUGUUCGACAUAAUCAACAAUACACCUGAUCUUCACCUCCCUUUUACCCGUCCUGAGAACGACCAGGACGUCGACGAUGAUCCUCCCAGCUCACAGACUGUCAGUAAUGUCAACAACCAAACCCAGCUGCCUAUGGAAAUUUCCAGCAAUGAUGGAUCCCCAGAUACACCUGCUCAGCCAACCCCUGCUAUCACCAACGAUGACAUAGUUGCCUUAAGAGACCUCAUCCACCAAUUACAGGAUGAAAUCCGUCAACUCCGAGCUGAAAAUGCAGCCCUUCGUGCUGCACAACACUCGAACUUAACUACCAUGCAGAACCCCACACCUGUUUAUAACAGCCAAUUCCCAGCCUUGACCGAUAGUCAAAAAACCAAUCCUACCAAUGAUUCACCUGUCCACCCCUGGCGUGAUGAAGCGCGCCUUGCGAUCAUUAAACAAGCUCAACAACAACGCCGAGAACACCGCCAACAAGAACGUCAAACAGCAGCAGCUCGUCUUUUCCAACCUCCAUCGCUAACACAAGGUUUCAAAUACCUUUAUGUCCCCACCAAAGCUAGAGUGCCCAUAGGACAACUUCGUGCACGCCUCCGUAAACUUAACAUCAAUAACAGCCGAAUCCUUGACAUUCACUACCCAACGCGUAACGCUGUCGCCUUCUUGGUCCACAACGACUACGCUCAGGAACUUACCGACCAGCUACAACAAUUUAAGAUCUCUAUUAAACACGAUUUUGAUCCUAAUGAUGGCAGCAUCCUUAUGGAUCCAAAAUAUGAGCAAAAGACUCCCGCUGAACGUAACGAUUUAGCCCGAGAACACCACACCGCUCGACUUGUCCGUGCCCUGAACUUCAUUCGUACACCAGUCAAAUAUGCUGUCGCCACUUACUUUCUCAAGCAAGAUUGGAUCGACAAAGACACUUAUGCAUCCGUAAUGGCAAACACCUCAUCAUCAUCAUUAGGACAUACACAAUUAAAGCAACAUUCACCAGCCGAUAUCUUUGAUAUUGAGAAUGACGACAUUAUGAGUGAUACCGACUUUACACCCCCCCCCCAAAACCAACAAUAA